AUGAAAAUCCAGGAAGAUACUCCUAUCGAAGUCAUCAACCGCGUGGAUCCCGAAAAGAGCGCCUUUCUGCGAGCCUGGUGCAUCUGGCAGGAUGGAACCAGUAAAGACACACUUCCUAUCUGGGAUCUUGACUAUCGAUACUGGAAGAAGAUACUUCUCAAGCAGUGCGACUUUAACAGCCUAAACCACCAGCUGAGAUACUCGUUCCAACGAGACGGACGCACCAUCACGGGAUACGUGUUCUGUAGAAUGCAGUGGUUUUGCGCCAUACAGGCGAUGCUAGAGGCGGAAGAAGGCAAACUGCAAUUUGAAAUUGUCUGGAAGAACGGUAAUUUCCACAACUAUGAAGCGAAACUUGAGCCAACUGUGGAAGAUUUGUGA